AUGUCGGCAGAAGAGUGUCGUGAGGAGUUUGAUGAGGACAAAGCCGUAAUACUGACGCGGUACAUCUGCGGCAGAAGGGACGAGAAUGGACCCGACGUAUGCACGCUUAUAGGCGUUGCCAUUGGAACUGCCAUGAAGACUGGUCUCCAUUGCGACGGAGCUGGUCUAGGUCUAUCCCCCUUCGAGGCAGAAAUGCGUCGCCGGCUUUGGUGGCAGAUAUGCACUUUGGAUGUCCGAACGGCAGAGGACCAUGGCUCUGAACCGACCAUCCUCGAAUCUACCUUCAAUACUGAAUUACCGUUGAACAUCAACGACACUAGCCUGGAACCCGACAUGAGCGAACUGCCUCAAAGUCAGCUUGGAAAAACCGAGAUGACCUUUACGCUGGUCCGGUUUGAAGGGAGCCAUUUUGCGCGAAGAGUGACAUUUUCAGACAGGUUCUGCCGCAUGAACACUUACCCAGUCAUGAAUGAGGCACAGAAGUGUGAGGCAAUAGAGCAAUUCAAGGAGCGUAUAGAGAAACGAUACUUGUCGUUUUGCGACAAAGAAGUUCCACUUGACUUUAUCACCGCUGCCUCCAUUCGUUUGAUUUUGGUGAAAUUGAAAUUGGCAGUAUGCAGGCUACGGAGGGAUCAGGCCCCGGCCAUGCUUAUGCAGACGAAUUACAGGAGGGCCUGUGAGGAAGUCCUACGGCGCGCCCAAAUGCUGCGAAAUUACGAGAAGGGCAAAAGAUGGCUCUGGCUUUUCCAGACCUAUGUCGAAUGGGACUCGCUGGCUUAUCUCCUGCUCCAUCUCUGUAUAGCACCUCCAGAGGAGCAGUCUGAUGCUGUUUGGAAAACGGUUGACGAGAUCUACCACCACUGGAAAAGUGAAUCAGAUAUCUAUCAUGAUCGCCGCUGGAGGCUCAUUGAAAAGCUUCGAUACCAAGCUGUUAUCACACGGGGUAGAAGGCAGAACAUCCCUCAAUUGCCACGGGAGACGCAACCGGAUCAUUACAAAACACCUGAACGACGUGCUAUAGGACCUGCGGUCAGAGUAUACGGAGAUUCAUCCUCCGGAGCCCAACAGACAACAAGCACCGGGAAUGAUCAGUCGUCUAACGCGGAAGCUGCUGCUCACGCACACCCAUCGCCCGUGGCAAUGGUUCAGACAACCGAGUCCAUUCUUACCGCUGAGCAACCAUUCCCCAUGGGUACAUUGGUCAACGCGGCGACUGCGACAUCCGCAACUCAACCAGUAGAAGAGGCAGUCUCGAGUGUUGCUGAAUUGCCGAGUGGGGGUACUGGUUGCGAGUGGAGUGCAGCACUAUUCGAAAUGUUUUGGGAUCUCGCUGGAUCUGCACAAGGUGCCUCUGUAUCAUGGCUGUAG